AAGAGACAUCCCUUGGGUACUUCGUUCCGAAUCAGCCAAUAAGAGUGCAUGUCGAUGCAGAGAAGAAAACUGAAGGAGCCAACAAUGUCCCAGGUGACAUGUGUGCAAUCUUAACACAGCAAGAUUCAGCAGGAGCGUGGAAAAUGUGCCAUGUCGCGAAUAGAAGUCUGACAGAUGUAGGAACACGUUAUGGACAAACUGAAUUGGAAGCAGUGGCAAUCAAGUGGGCAUGUUGUGAUGUGAUGCAUUCCAGCAGUAUCUAGUCGGAGCCCCAAAGUUCGAAAUAUUCACCGAUUGCAAACCACUGGAGUAUUUGUUCAACAAUCCGACGUCAAGAGCCCCAAUUAGGAUUGAAAGACAAAACUUAGCCAUCCAAGGACUGGAUUACAUCGUGAGAUACGAGAAAGGGAAACUUAACAUCGCAGAUUAUGGUUCUCGCCAUAUUACCAAGGAACAAUCAGAUCACGACAUCAGAGCCGUUCAGUUUUUCGAAGAAGAAGUUGGUGCGUUCCUAUUCGAACCUGAUUCCGAAAGUGAGCACAUUAUCUUGACGAGAGCAAGCGAGGAUAAGAACUAUCAGGUUUUGAGAAACGUCAUAGAAAACGAUUUAUGGAAGUUAUAUAAGAACGAUCCAGUUUAUAUCCAAAUAUGUUGGUAUUUCCUCAGAAUUAUCUGUUGUAAGAGGACUUGUAUUUUAUAUAGAUUUGUUAGUCCCACCAUUUGUGAUGCAGAAAGCAUUCGUCGACGAAGCCCAUAGAAUCGGACACUCAGGAGAGAAACGUACUGUAGAUCUAUUGCGCGAGAGAGUAUGGUUUCCGGGGAUGACGAAGAUGGCGAAAGACGUUGUCAAGAGUUGCCUGAGUUGUCAGAGUACCUUUGAUAGAACGUAUGAUGAGCCAUUACGUUCAACGCCAUUGCCACCGAAUGUCUGGCACACGAUAUCAGUCGAUUUUAAAGGUCCAUUAAAAGAUGGAAGAUAUAUAUUGGUCGCUUAUGAUGUGACCCAGUCGUGGGAUAUUGCAAAUCAACUUCGUUUAAAAACGUCAAGCCAAUUUUAG